CCGUCUCUGUCUUCUAACAGCCUUGACCGGAAAAAUCCUGGGAUCCAUCAUAGAUGCAGGUUUUGAAAUCACAGCAUUGCAGAUGUUCAACAUGGACCGGGCCAACGCUGAGGAAUUCUUUGAAGUUUACAAAGGGGUUGUGACCGAGUACACGGGGAUGGUGGCGGAGCUCUGCUCUGGACCCUGCAUGGCUCUGGAGAUUCACGCCUCAGAAGCACCCAGAACCUUCCGAGAGUUCUGCGGACCAGCUGACCCGGAGAUUGCGCGCCACCUCCGGCCCAGCACUUUAAGGGCGCUGUACGGCAAGAACAAAGUGCACAACGCCGUCCACUGCACAGACUUGCCUGAGGACAGUGUCUUGGAGGUACAAUAUUUCUUCAAGAUUUUAGAUGGAUGAUUUUUUUUCUAAUGACAUAGCUAUGUAAAUAAAAACAAAAAGUGAGUCUGA